AUGGAGCAAGUAGACGAAGUGGUCGGCAAUGUCACGUCAUGGUUCCGAAGGUUUGUGAUGAGUGCGUUGGAGCAUCAGCACGCGCCGUUACCACAAGACGACAUGGACGAGGGCGUCGGCCGUACGUACCGCUUCAAUGGCGGCAUGCAAGAUGAAUCGCCCUGGUGGCUCAAAUGGUCCAGUACUGCGCCCCCCGGGUACGACCAUCGCGCGCCCCAGUUGCAGGACCAGCGGAGCGACGGGGGAAGCCAGGGGCAGGGGUAUGGCGGGCGAUAUGACGACGAGCGGGGCAGCCGAUAUGGCUAUGACGACUAUGCUCGGGAUCGACCAUAUGACCGAGAGAAGGAAGAGGAGGAGGCGCGCGAGAGGGAGAGGGCGGAGCGCAUACGACGAGAGGAGGAAGAGGAGAGAGCCCGCCAAAAGGCAGAGGAGGAGGCAGCAGCAGAGGCCGAAGCAGCAGCAGCAGCUGCAGCAGCAGCAGCAGCAGCAGCAGCAGCAUCGCCACCACCGGACCUGCUAUCCAUGGAAGAUGAUCUGCUGGGCCUCGGGACAGACGCAGGGCCGGGGGCUCUGGUGCUCUACAGUGCUCCUACUGCCGAUGACCUGAUUUCCAGGGCGUUUCAGCAAGAGAUCAGCCUUCUGGACAUUGACACUGGCACGUCAGAGGCAUCUCUCCUGGAGAAGGUGAAUUCAGUGGCUCCAAAGCAGGCGAAUGGGGAGGUCGAUCUGCUGGCUCUGGUGGACGGACCUGUGCCCGCUGGUGCCGCUGCUGCUGCUGCUGCUGGAGGAUUGGGAGGGUUGGGAGGGGGGUUGGAUGCGACGAGUGGGGCGCUGGUGCUGGUGACACCCAUGAAGGGAUUCCACGCCGCACCCACAAGGCACGGCAUAUGUGGUGCUUGUGAGCGGACUAUCAAUUCUGGGAGGUACCUGAUUGCUCUGAACCGUGACUGGCAUGCGGCUUGCUUCAAGUGCUGCCACUGCCGCCUACCCAUCACUGAAAUGCAGUGCUCUGUGAAGGAGGGUGACACUUACCACACCGAGUGCUACCGCCAGCUCUUCCACCCCAAGUGCUACGUCUGCGACACUUACAUCGCCCCCAGCGAGUCGGGCAUGGUGGAGUAUCGACUGAACGACCUGUGGCACGCCAAGCACUGCGCCAAGCACAGCCCUUCCUCUGAUGGCUCGCCCCUCUGCUCCGCCUGCACUCGCCUCCAGCCCACCACAUGCACAAUGGUGGACAUUGGCGGUAACCGCACGCUCUGCCCCGAUUGUAACACCUGCUCCUGGCCCUCUCCCCAUGGCUCCGCACUCUCCGCCCUCACCUCCUCCUCCUCCUCCUCGCUGGGGACUCUAGUAGUAGAGGCCUCUGAAUGUGCCCCUAUUUUUGCCUCUGUGCUGAGUUUCUUUGAGGAGGUUGGGUUGGGAGCGGUGCUGAGGGGUGCUGUGGGCGUGAUGGGCGACGAGCUCCCGGUGGUUACUGCUGACGUGGCGGCGUUACAAGCUGCUGCUGAGGGCGAGAGACAGGGUUCAUCUCGCCUGGCGGUGGUACCUGGAGUGUGCCUCACUCAAGAAACCACCAUCCAAACAGUCGUACGGGCACCAGGGUCCACAGCAGCGGCCUUUGCAGGCAUCUCACAUGAAACCAAGACACUGAUGCAUGUCAACUCCACUGCCGUCUCGGGCAUUGUCGUUCUCUACGGCCUCCCAGCACCUCUGGCGGGGGCAGUCAUAGCCAAUCAGCUCAUGCAUGCAUGGUUCCUUCUCGAUG